CACACACACACACACACACAACCUUAGAAAGGCCCCCACCCCUCUGACUUCAUGUGCCCAGGCUCCUCUCCUGCCUGUAGUAGUGGGUGGCCUCAGCCUACCCCUCUCCAAGUACAGAGUAGGUCUAGGCAGCUAAUUAAGCAGAGGCAGGGGUCCCAACCCCAAAGAAAGAUCUGGAACCUGUCACUGCAUCCUGGAGGUCACCCAUGGCCUUUGGCACUCCUCUCUAUUAACUAACGGGCAUUUGGCUCACCCUGAGUGGAAUUUAUUCCACUUACCCUAACUUGUUUGCCAACAGCCCCCUUAUGAUCCACUCAAGUCUGGCACUUCUUGGCACCUGGUGGAGCACAGUGACAUGCAUGGCCCAGUUGGCCUGACAGGUCCUGAUAGGUAUGGCCCGCCCCUGGGCAAGGUGCCACCUACUAAAGCAUAAAAGCCUGGUAUCCCCAAGCAGUUCUUGAGACUGCCGCCAUGAAGGGGAGCAGCACUCUUCUGCUGGUGGCUCUAACCCUGCUCUGCAUCUGUGGGCUGUCUACAGCUGAGGAUAACAAUGAGUUUUUCAUGGAAUUCCUGCAAACGCUGCUGGUGGGAACCCCAGAAGAGCUCUAUGAGGGGCCCCUGGGCAAGUACAAUGUCAAUGACAUGGCCAAGGCAGCACUGGGAGAGCUCAAGUCCUGUAUCGAUGGCCUGCAACCUGUGCAUAAAGAGCAACUGGUCAAGCUGCUGGUAAUUGGGCUGGGACUCUCAUCCCCAAAUGUGUGCAGUUCGUCCAAACCCCACCCGUGAAUGACACUGAUCGCCAGUCUACCCCCCACCCCUAGACCUGCAUUAGCAAGCUGAGGUGGGGACCACACAGAGAAACCUCCAGAGUCCCUUAGUCCUGCUUCCCACAUAGGCAGUGCAUAUGCACACAACUCCCCAAGGUGCUAGGAAGGGUAGACCACAGUGUGCAGAACCUGCCUACUCCACUGGUAUGCACAGACCUGUCUGCCUCUGGGACUAGUAGCUCUCAUUGUUGGUUACCUGCUCUCCUGGUCCCCACACAUUUCUC